AAUGAACGCAUCUGAAUACGUGAUAGGCGGUUUGGCUGCUGUCGGUGCGACGAUUUUCACUAAUCCGCUUGAUGUCAUCAAAACUCGCAUCCAACUUCAAGGAGAACUAGCAGCGCGUGGCACAUACGUAGUACCAUAUAAAGGUAUUCUGCAUGGGCUCGUUACUGUAAUACGCAACGAUGGUUGGUCGGGUCUACAGAAAGGACUGGUGCCGACUAUGCACUUUCAGUUUAUUGUGAAUGGCAUAAGAUUGGGCAUUUAUAGCACUGCGGCCAAUAUGCAGUGGACACGGCGCAAAACCGGCGGUGACUCUUUCGGUUUGAGCCUCUUUUGGGGUGCUGCUGGUGGCGCUGUGGGUGCAUACUGUUCGAGUCCAUUUUUCUUGGUGAAAACGCAACUGCAAUCGCAUGCACCCAAACAAGUCGCUGUCGGCUAUCAACACAACCACACCGGGAUGUUAUCGGCGUUGCGUCACAUCUAUCGCCAAGGUGGCAUUUUUGGUUUAUGGCGCGGCUCUACAGCAUCUAUUGCGCGCGCUUCUAUCGGUUCCGGCGUUCAGUUGGCAACUUUUGGACCGGUCAAGUCUAUUCUGCGUGAUCGGAAUGUGGUAGUGCAACCGGCAUUGAAUUCGCUAUGUGGUGGUUUCAUUGCCGGCUGUGUGGUUACCUUGGCCAUGACACCGUCGGAUGUUAUAAUGACACGUCUCUAUAAUCAGGGUUUGGAUGCGAAUGGCAAGGGUCUAUUGUAUAGUGGUUGGUUGGAUUGUUUUGCCAAGACCGCGCGCACUGAGGGCCUAUAUGGACUGUACAAAGGUUUCUGGGCAAACUAUUUGCGGCUGGUACCGCAUUCAGCACUCGUACUACUAUUUUUCGAUGAACUCAUGGCGCUGAAAAAUAAAUAUGAAAUAAAAUUUUAGAA